AUAGUUACCUGUCUGAGAAAGUCGCCUUUGAUGGACAUUCGCACGGCUGGGAUAGGUACUGUACCGCCCAAACUAGGUGAUCAUUGUAAUUGCCACUGCACUGUUAGUGCACACCGACUCAGGUAUCACAAUUGGAGCCAGUACACUUGCGCUGAACUUAACAAUUUUGUACUCUGGUUUGAUUUGGAAGCCAAAACCACGGCAUCGCGUCUUGCUCUACACAACCUUCGACGCGCCUCCCCUUCCAUGCCCAGGUUUUGCAGGCAACAUUUCACAUCAGCACCUGAAAGUGACUGAUCAGACACGAGCAGGAGGGAGCAUCAGUAAUACUUUUUCACUAGCGGGUAGUUAUGACCACCAUCUCGCCGACCAAACGGCGUAUCCUCGGGUCGUUGAAUCCCAACGCGUCACCCUGCCAGAGCUCCAAGUCUGAGUUCGAGGGGCGCAUGGAAGAAGUGCAAGCAACUGAAUCAACUGUUCUUCCUGCAGGGUGUGAGAACAAUCGUCGUGAAGAGGAGCCGGCUAGGAAGAAGGUGUGCCUCGAUCUUCGGGGAGCACAACAGCACCAGCACCAGCAGAUAGGAGCUGGUAGUCAUGGCAGGAGAAAUCGGUCGAAAUCAGCCUCUCCUCCUACCGAGGCUACUGUCUUGUUGAGCAAAGCGACUACUACCGACCUUUCACAGUCCACCGACAUGAGACACGAGAGAGUUUCGUCUCUAUCGGUGCUACCAGCUCUGCAUCCAACCCGCGUGGCAGCCGAAGGAACGGCCCGGGCGGUUGCGGAGGUCCUGUCCGUUCCCAUGGCGACCCAAAUCGCUUACCCAGCCGGUCUUGUGGGCAACUUUAACAAUCACAGGCAACCAAAAAGGACAAAUAACCCCCGUCUUCGUUUCGUGAAUCAGGCAGCCAGACAGAAAGCGGAAAUCCUCCGUCUCCGCCUUAGCCUGGCCGCUUACAAGAUUCAGACGGGCCAGACUGACGUCCCGCUUGAGCAACUGGAGAUGCGUUCACUGCUACCGCUGGGGGGAUACCACCACAGCCAGGGACGGCUGGCGGAUGGUGGUGCCUCACCAGAAGCAGCAGUAGACAGAUAUCAUGAUGGCAGCAACAGCAACUCAGCGAACUGGAGCUUCAUCAGCAAUGGUAGUACCAACAGCAACAGCAAUAGCCAAGGCCACGGUUACUUCCAGCGCGUGAACCACCUCCGACACGCCGCCGGAGCAGCUAUCGAAGCUGUCCAAGCGAAACAGGAGCGUCAAACGGCUUGGCGGGAGAGGGAACAGUACAGGGAAUGGUAUGAACAGUAUGGUCAUCAUUAUCAAGUUUCCACUUGGGAGAAUGCCGCCGCUGAGCAGGAUCAUGAUGGAUUUUCUAGGGAUCAAAGUCGACAGCGACAGCGGCGUCAGCAGCAGCAGAAGCAGCGCAAUCUUGGAAGCGGGAGUAAAUCACUGCCAUCCGAUCAGGGGGAUCGAGUAAGUCGGCCUGAUACUACGUUUACGGGUUCAGGCACUGGUGUUAUUACGACCGCAGCCAUGACGACGACUACGACGACGUCCCCUCAUCUUAACCGCCUGGACCUUGCGGAGCGCGCGUUGCAGGCUCAUCAACGGCUUCAGUCGAGGGCGGUCACAGAAGAGCUAUUGAUGGACCAUGAGCAUGAGCAUGAGCAUGAGCAUGAGCAUGAGCAUGAGCAUGAGCAUGAGCAUGAGCAUGAGCAUGAGCAUGAGCAUGAGCAUGAGCAUGAUGAGAUUGACUCGGAGCCAAACUCUCAACAACUUACACACCACCACCACCAACCCCAACAGCAGCAGCGUCAUCGACAUCACCUGGAUAACGCCCACGAAGGGUGGGUAGUACGCCCUGCUACAGAGAACGGUCCAGAGGUUGCCAAUGAUAUUGCAGCAGGACCAGGGAGGAGAGAUCGCAAUGAUGAUCACGAAGAAGAGGAGAGCAUACAAUCCAGAUCCAGGAGUCACCAGGUGGUGGGCCCCGGCCUGAGUUACUCCACUGAACCUGAGCUUGAACCUGAGCUACCUAGCCUGACGCCGUACCAGUCGAAUGCCGGUGAAAAGGAAGAGCAAGAUGGAGAAGGGAACGGGGAUGGAGAUGAGGCUGCCAGUGGGUUGUUGAGCUUGUCGAGGGGCUGAGGGCCGUCUACCAUCACGUAAUAUGGAUCUGAACGGUGGCCGUGGGACAGAAGGCGUUAAAAGAUCUUUGACUCUGCUGGCAUAAAUUUGGCAAGAAAGAGAAAAAGUCGCUUACAGGGUAUGCUCAUGGUCGAGAUUUCAAAAAGCAUGUCGUAAAAGUAUUUCGUUAAGGCUGUGUAUUUUUGGUGUAUGCAGGCGUGAGAGUCAGCAUCAUGGUCUUGCACGAGAUCAAAUAGCAUACCUACAUCUGUGUAUUACUGGUCUCGUCUAGGCAACCGGACGUAGCGAAUUUACACUUGCUCACUCGAAAUUCUCUGCCUUGCUUGAUCAGGCAGGAUCGGAUGGACUUUACCGAGACCAUGGGUCGCACCGACAAGUUGAUCCAUCCCAUCUCCCACGUGGCAGCCACACCAUAUUUUGUACCAUUUAUAAUCC